AGUUUAUUUUGUGUAUUUUCAAGUUGUUCUGGUAUUGAUUGAAAAUAAUCCUUUCCAUAUUUGAGACGCACGAAGAAAUAUCUUUUGUAAAAACAUACUUAAAUAUUAUGACACGUAAUAUCUUUAUUUCAAUCACCUGGUGUUCUGUUUAGACACUGUUGGAUGCACAAUGUCAAAGAAAAGGCCAACUGAAGCUUCUUGGGAAAGUGAUGAGGAUCUGCUGGGAGAUGGCUCUAGUGUUAGUGCAUUUUCAUCUAAAAUGCAAUUUGAUGAUCCAGACAUAGAUGAGGAUGCUCUACUGAACAUUGAUGAGGAUGACAAAAGCCACAAUUACUCUGUUGAGUCUCAGAAUGACAUAGUAGAAAGAGUUGAUUUAGGGAUAUCCAGUGAAAAUUGUGCAUUUGAUGACACAGCUAACAGUCAGGAGCUAGAUUAUGAGGAUAUUCCCGAGGAAGUCCCUCCUGUAGAGGUAUAUGCUGAAAAUGAAGAGACUGAGGACCCACUGCUUGUUGAUGAACAGCCUAAUGAAACAAUUUGUACAGCCCAGCCUACUCAU